UCUCACUUCAUAGUAAAACAGGUCCUGCAAGGCUAGGUAACUCAGGAAGCAGAAUGGUAAUUAUUCACAGAGGACAGCAGGUAGUAUACUGUUACAAUACUACAGUAGAAAGUCAGAAGGUCAAGAAGCUUGCAGGGUAACUGACACAACCUGAAACUGCUUGGCUCCCUUUAAAAAGAAAUAAUAACAUGGGAGAGAAUGAAGCAAAAUCACCUAACACGUCUUUGCAAGGUAAAAAGAUGGCCUAUCAGAAGGUCAGUGCAGAUCAAAGAGAAUCAGGACACUCACAGUACUUAGACAAUGAUGACCUUCAAGCCACCGCCCUUGAUUUAGAGUGGGACAUGGAGAAAGAACUGGAGGAGCCUGGUUUUGACCAGUUCCAACUUGAUAGCUCUGAGAAUGAAAACCGGGGCCACCCAGAAUCUGUGGACCUCAAUCUUGAUUCCAUUCAACCAGCAACUUCACCCAAAGGAAGAUUCCAGCGACUACAAGAAGAAUCUGACUAUGUUUCCCAUUAUACAAGAUCUGUACCAAAGAGUAACAGCUACAACUUUUGUCGCCUUUUAAAAAUACUUUGCACAGCCGCCAUUUUAUUUAUUCUCGGAAUUUUGAUAGGUUAUUAUGCACAUACAAGUUGCCCUUCCCAUGCCACAUCUUCAGGAACAAUUGAUCCUCAGUUAUACCAAGAGAUUCUCAAGACAAUCCAAGCAGAAGAUAUAAAGAAGUCUUUCAGAAAUUUGGUAGAGCUCUAUAAAAGUGAAGAUGACAUGGAAAUCUCAAAGGCGAUUAAGACUCACUGGACUGCUGUGGGCUUAGAAGACGUACAGUUUGUGAAUUACUCCGUGCUCCUAAAUCUGCCAGGCCCUUGGCCCAGCACAGUGACGCUGAGCAGCAGCGGCCAAUGCUUUCAUCCUAAUGGCCAGCCUUGCAGUGAAAGGGCCAGAAAAGACAGCAGCCAAGAUCUGCUAUACUCCUAUGCAGCUUAUUCUGCCAAAGGAACUCUUGAGGCUGAAGUCAUUGAUGUGAGUUAUGGAACUGCAGAUGAUUUAAAAAGGAUUGAAAAAAUGAAAAAUAUAACAAAUCACAUUGCACUCCUGAAAUUAGGAAAAUUACCACUAAUUUAUAAGAUAUCUUUAUUGGAAGAGGCUGGAUUUGGAGGCGUUCUUCUAUAUAUUGAUCCUUGUGAUUUACCAAAGACUGUGAACUCUAACUAUGAUACCUUCAUGGUGACAUUGAAUCCAGGUGGAGACCCUUCUACGCCUGGUUACCCAAGUGUUGAUGGAAGCUUCAGACAAAACCGAUCAAACCUCACCUCUCUGUUAGUGCAGCCCAUCUCAGCAUCCCUUGUUGCAAAACUAAUCUCUUUACCUACCGCUGGAACCAAAAGUGAUAUCUGCAGUCCUUUGGAACUUCCACAUAAUGAAAUAAGAAUUGUCAGCAUGAAAAUUCAGACAGUUACAAAAUUUCAAACAGUUACAAAUGUGGUUGGAUAUGUAAAGGGCUUGGCAUCUCCAGACCGGUAUAUUAUAGUUGGCAGCCACCAUCAUGCUAUAUACAGUUAUAAUGGACAAGAAUGGGCCAGCAGUACGGCAAUAAUCACAGCUUUCAUCCGAGCUUUGAUGUUAAGAGUUAAGAGGGGAUGGAGGCCGGACCGCACUAUAGUUUUCUGUGCAUGGGGAGGAACAACUCUGGGCAAUAUUGGCUCAUAUGAGUGGGGAGAGGAUUUCAAGAAGAUUCUGCAAAAAAAUGUUGUAGCUUAUGUGAGUCUCCACAGUCCCAUAAGGGGAAACUCGAGUCUACACCCUGUGGCAUCCCCAUCUCUGCAGCAACUAGCAGUGGAGAAAAAUAAGUUCAACUGUGCCAGAAGAACUCGGUGCCCAGAAACCAAUGUCAGUUCUGUGCAGAUACAGGGUGAUGCUGAUUAUUUCAUCAACCAUCUUGGAGUUCCCACCGUGCAGUUUACUUAUGAGGACAUCAGUGCAUUAGAGGGUCCAAGUUUUCUGUCUGAGGCAGCUUUUCUUCAACAUGUAAUGAAAAUUGAAGAAAUAGAUCCCUUCUUCAACCUUCAUGAAACCAUUACCAAGCUCUCAGGAGAAAUGAUUUUGCAAAUUGCCAACGAACCAGUUCUGCCCUUUAAUGCUCUCGAUAUAGCUUUAGAAGUUCAAAACAGCCUUAAAGGUGAUAGACUCAGUGCACAUCACCUGCUGGCUGCGGCAUCUCACCUGAGGGAGAGUGCUGAACUCUUUCAGUCAGACGAGAUGCGACCUGCCAAUGAUCCCAAGGAGCGAGCCCUGGACCGCGUCCGGAUGCUGAAUGACAUCCUCCAAGACAUGGAGAAGAACUUCUUGGUGCGGCAGGUGCCACCCGGCUUUUACAGAAAUAUCCUGUACCACAUGGAUGAGAAGACAAGCCAGUUUUCAGUACUCAUGGAGGCUUGGGAGCACUGCAACUCACAUGCAUCAAAUGAGACCCUUCAAGGAGUCCUGUCAGAGGUUUUGAACAGCAUUAAUUCAGCUCAGGUUUACUUCAAAGCAGGACUUGAAGUGUUCGAGAAUGCCUUGGUAGCAAAGAACUGAGAAUGCUCUCAGCAUUUUUAAAAAGUUUGUUUACAAUUCUAUAAGCAAAAUUCUAAUCUGACCAGAUUUUUUUGACAUUGAGGACCCCCCACACACGGCUUUUCAACUCUAAGGCUAUUAUUACAUGGUUUUUUUUAAUGUACAUAGAAAGAACUUUUUGCACAUCAAAUAUUGUUCUUAUAUCUACAUUUCUGAAUACGUAAAACAACUUAUUGAAAUAGUACUGAAGAUUUAUCUAUUAAAAGAAAUCUAAUGUAUUUUUUAUAUAUAAAGUAUUUUGGGAGGAAAUUUCCACGAAGUUCUGGACAUCUUCUCUCCUAUGGACAGAACACACAGUUAUUCUUUUUAAUAGUUCUAUUAAUGACCAAGUUUCUAUAGUAGAAAUGGAAAGUUGAUAGUUUCAGAUUAAUUUCACUAUUAAGUGUUCAAUAUGAAGAAUUGAAGUAUUCUGACUGCAAUGACCGGUUACCCAAAGUCACUUUGAAUGUUUCUGUCUUAUGAAAUGAAGUUCCUCUUCUUAACACAACUAGAUAUAGUAAUACACUGGUUACAAAAUUGUAUUUUUAAGUAUUAAUGAAAAAAAGAGCCAUAAACAUUCCAGGGAAAAUUCUCAAGGUAGCUGCAUAAAGCAAUUUAAAUGCAAAUUUUUUUCCUAACAAUUUAUAAGGUUACCAGCUUUCAAACCCCUAAUUUGCUUCAGUUGAUUUUAUAAGAAUUUCAAAAGUGAUAUAUGUCUUAUGAGAGAGAAAACAUUUAUUUCUUUUUUCUGUGGCUUCUGUUAAAGCCACUGAAACAGAGGCUACUCUAAAAAGAAAGCAUCUCACAUGACUUUUCCUUCCCAUGUCUUUUCUGAAACUGCUGUAAGGCAGUUUUCACAGAACGCUAUAUAAUUUUCACAAGAAAAUAGCCAAGUUUCUCUUUGAAAACCCAAAAUAUCAUAAAAAGCACUUUAAUGCUUUUUAUGUUACUGGCAGAAAGACCUUGCUCCAAAAGAAAUAUUUUUUGUCAACAACAAACUGUAAAUCUUUGAAGUAUAUUUGAUAUUUUUUCCUUCUUUAUCCUUAAUUGCAACUAAGGUGAAAGCACAGAAAAUAUUCAUGCUUCUAAUUCUAUGCAGACAGUAUAGAGUUUUUCAAUAAAGAAUGCAUUUCUUCCAAACUUUACUUUUUCUUUCAUGUAGAAAAUUCAGCUUUUUCAUAUCAGCAAUGCCACUGAAUAUCUCCAGCAUUCACUAUUACCCAAACUCUAAAAUUCUGCCUAAUGACGGGCAUGUUAAACUUUUAGUUUAUCAUUAUUAAUAUUUACAAAAUGUGCUCCUGACAUUGGAUCGCACAGUUCCCCUAAGGAAGAAUAACUCUCACAAUAUUUUUUAUUCAUUUUCUUUAUUAAACUCAAACAGAUGCCCCUUACACAUUGCCAGAAUAGUAUUGCAAGCAAUACCUGGAUGUCUGUCUUCACUUGGGCAUGAAUGUAAGCCUAGUCUUAGUUGAAAGAAAUCUAACGUUGAAAAGAAAUAACUACUUAGUGUUGACUAAUGAAUUUAUUAUAGUCAGCUUCUCCUACUGUAAGUAAUGUUUGUAUGCCCAAAGCAGAGAAUUGAGGCAAUUAGCUGCGUAAUUCAAACAAACCCAUUCUCAUCAGAAUAGCCCUUGCAUCCAUGUUUUCAUAGGAAAAUUGAAGCUACCUUCCAAUUUUAUAAUCCACUUACUUAUUUGAAAAUAUGUGCCAUGUUGAAGGGUGUGCAUAGAAAGGAUUAAAAUGACCGGGCUCUUGUGUGCAUUGAACUCAGCGCCCUGGCCUGCUUUGGAAAGCUGAGCAGCAAGAAAGAAUUUAGAAUACCCUCACAGACUUGUAGGCUCGCAUAGUGGGAUGCCUUGCAUCAAAGGACCUUAAAUAAUUAAUCAGAAGUUAAUGUGUUCUUUUUUUUAAUGUGGAGUUAAAUUUAAAACAAAGAAUGAAAAAAAAACUGUUAUCGGUUUUGUAAGUUUCUUUAACAAAUAAAGUUCUAAAUAAAUUUCCUCCCAUGAUUCACAAUAGUAUUGAGAGCAAAGAACAUUUUUAUUCUUCCUUUUAUUUAAAGACUGACUGGAUGUAGGUAAGUCAUACUGCAUUGACCGUAAAGUAUCAUUAUGUUUUACCCAUCACUUCUAAAAUUAUAUGACUUUUGGCUCUUCAGUUCAGUUAACUCUGAACCUACUUGCAUUUGUUAGACUGCUUAGGAUUAGGUAUAGAAGCUAAAUUAUAAUUAAAACAGAUGUCCAACAAUUCUACAGAUGCUAUUUUACAUCUUUAACUGAAGCAAAUUUAACUAGUAGCAUUAUAACUAUAGUAUGAUUAUCUCAAUUUUACUCCAGAUUGACAUUACGUUAAUUUUGCCCUGGUAGAUUCAAGGAAAAUAUCCUGCACAAGUUAAUAUCAAAUGUUCAUGUGAAUUUGUAGUAUGGAUAAAUUGCUACUGAGACAUCUGGGUACCGGCUAGUUCUCAAAAUUCUUCAAUCUUAGACUGGUACCAAAAGAUAAUGAAUUCUAAGUAACUAGUCUCUCAUGACAGUGUGACAAGUGUGUAUCCGUGAAAUUUGUAUUUGGGAAGAUGACUAUACAAUACUAACCUUCAUAGAAAUGCAUAAGUCCUAGAGAUAAAAGGUAGGCUAACAAAAGUUCCAGUCUAAGCUGUAGGGUCUUGUCUUUAAACAGAGAAAGCAUUCUAGUGCCCAUCAGAUAAAGUAAAUGAAGGAAAAGUGACUGUGACAUUUGCAAGUAGUCAUAGAUUCAGUUGCAGAAACAUUUUUAGCAGUUGUUUCUCUGUUUUCUUAUGUAGCAUAUUCCUGUUUCUCUCGCUCUCUCUUUCUCUUUCUCCC